CAGUGGUUACGAGGUCACAACGUAAUAUUUAACAGUCUGGGAGGCUCGCGUUCACAGCACUUCAAGAAAUCAUUAUGGAACGCUGGAGAGGUCGAGUUGCCUUGGUAACCGGGGCGUCAGUUGGGAUGGGCGAGGCGUUUUGUCGCGCACUCGUGAAACAUGGUAUGAUAGUUGUGGGGUGCGCUCGCCGAGUUGAACUGAUAGAGAAGACAGCAAAAGAAUUGGAAGGAGAGACAGGACGUUUGAUCCCCAUGAAAUGUGACCUGACAGUGAAAUCUGAGAUCGAAUCCAUGUUCCGGGCCAUAAAGGACCAAGUGGGUGGGGUGGACGUAUGUGUUAAUAACGCUGGGUAUCUGGCCCCACAGCAGCUUCUCGGUGGUGAUACCGACACCUUCCAGAAAAUGCUGGAC